GGUGUGUCCAAAAGGCGCUAUUUCUAGGCGGGAUUUCAGCUGACAACUAAGUUAGCUACGGCUAAGUCUUUUUUUGCCUAAAUGGCCUAUAGACACAAUACAUUUUAUAAAUAGUGUGAAUUAAAGUGAAUAUCUUUUGCUCCUUGUCGGUGAUUGAAAAUAAAGAAAGUGGUGAAAAUUAUUUCAUAAAAAUGUGUGUAUUCAAUAUUAUUCGGACUCGGUUGUACAAUUAUAUUUAUGUGUUAAAUCUUUCCCUAUAAAGCUUGUGUUAGCUUGUUAAACUUAGAUUCAAAAGCGCAUGCGUUGUGUGCCCGUAUAUUCAUAUUGCAUAAAAAUUAAUUUGUGUUUUAAAUCUUAAGUCAAAAGUACAUGACAACCAUUGGAAUUUUAGUAUAAGUUAGUAAAUUUUAACGCUCAAUCGAAACUCAGCAUCGGAGACCAUUAUAUUAUGAUUAUAUGAUUUGGACUUGGACUUACAUGGUAAGUAUUUGUGAUUAAAAAAUAAUGAAAUAACAGAAAUAUCUCAAUUUUAUUAUAAAUUAUAUGUUUUCAUCUUUAAUUUAAAUUUUUUUAGAAUAAAAAGGAAGUAUAAAGGAUCCCUAAUAUGAUUUUUUUCAUGUAAUUAUAUUAUUACCACAACGUGCAGUUGCCAUCUCACCGAAAAUGAUGUGUUUUUGGUAACAACAUACGAAAUAAAUUACCUGAGAAUUAAAAAUAAAAAAUUAACACGAUUUUCAUUAAAAUUGUAAAAAGCAAAAGUGCAACUCAUUUAUUUUGAAUUUUGAAGUAACAGGUCUUACACUGUAACUUUUAUUUUAAAAUAUUAGAUCAUUAACAUGCCUGUUUCUGUUUUUUUUUUUGUUUUUUUACGUUCAGGAUAUUUAAUCGUCAAAGUCAAGGCGUACCCAAAUUCAUUAGUCAUUAGUCAUACUUAAACUGUAACGCAUUUUUAAAAAAAGAAUUAUUAACUAUAAAUAUAGUUUUUUAUGUUUAAUAGCAGAGUUCAAACUAUGCAAACUUGGAAAACUUGACCUUGCAUGCAUCUAAAUAAUUUUACUAUUGUAAUUCUAUUGGCAAUCGACGAUCGAACUGUAUUUGGAAUUUGGAGGUGGUGUGGGGGAGGCGCGGUAUUACUAAAUUGCAUUCGAAAAAUUAUCGUCUUAAAAACUGAUUUUCGUUUAAGAUUUUAUAAUUAAGUAUAAUAUUUGCAAUAAUUGAAAAAUAACAUUUAAAUUAAAAAAGAAAUAUUCCUCCCUUUAGUCUUUUCUUUGAAAUAUUACUAUUGUUAGAUAUAUUAAAGGAAUAUCACCUUAUGUUUAUGGCUUAUACUUAUGUCGUCCACCAUGUUACUUUUACUCUUAUUUUUCUAUAAAAAGUCAUUAAUUGCAUUUAUUAACUUAUUAACUUAUUAUAUUAAGCCUAACCAUCAUAAUUUCUUUUAAAUAAAUAGGUGCACUAUUUUUUUUUUAAAAUUUAUAUAAAAUUGUUUACAUUAAAUAUAACUUUGAAAGUUGCAAACACAAGACUAUGAUCUCUAUUAUUAAAAACAAAAAUAUUGAAAAAAAAAAUAAUAAAAAAAUUGAAAAAAAAAACCGUUAGUGUCGCCUUCGAAUAAAGCGCUCGACUUGUUCUAUUUUUAGUGAGGGAAAUUCCAGCCAUGCAAUCUACUCUAUUUUUAGCCAUUGAACUUGCUUGGGGGACGCCAUCCAUUACUUGGACCAUUAUAUUGUAUCUAAAAAAUUGUUCUCCUCUUAUCUAAGACUUUAUUCACAAUUUAAGUGUUUGUAAGCGCUUUGAAAGGAUUAGAACUUCACAAGUAAGUUAGUGCAACUUUAAUUGCUUCUAACGUGUUUAUUUUACUUAAAAUAAGCUCGAAUCUAAAAAUGUCGGGGGAGGAGCUAUUCUCGAUAGAUUUCGCGUCUGAACGUCUGGUGGCGUCUGGCGAAACCUACGCAAACUACCCGACUUGUUUGUUUUGCUGGUUACGUUCAGAUUUAAACAGUGAUGGAUAUUUUUAAUGCGUCUGAUAAGUAUCAUUAUUGGAAAUGAAAAUGUUUCUUUAAAAUAACUUCCGAACCAACUUGCUUGCACAAUUGUCGUCUUUGUCUCGGUUUUAAAAUGGAAAAAGUCAGUUGAAAGUUGUUGAAAUAUUUUACCGUCUGGUGGCCGUCUGUCUGGGUCCAACAAUACUAACAUCAAAGUUUUUAUGCACUUAUGACAUAUUCUUUGUUAUAACUUUUUUCCUGUCAGCAGUUUAUACUAUAUUGAUCAAGAUGCAAUGAUAGUUUACAAGUAACAGAACUAGUCUGAACUGAAUCUGAUCUGUGUGUCUAUUCAAGUUAUAAAAAAAAUAGUUUUAAAAAAUAGUUUCUGUUCAUUUAAAUUUUAAAAUAAUUAAUUCGGAGUGUACUUUUCAAUCUAUAUUUAAGAGUUAUCAGUUUACCAGUCCCUGUCUAUCUCAGCAAUCCUUUGUUUUAGAGUAUGGCAAAUUUUAACAUUUAAAAUCUACCAACUUUGUUCAACUGAACAAGUAAAAUGUAAGAUUACUGUAAUUGUAUGUAAGGUAAUGUAGGCAAGCAGAGUUGUAGCAAUUUAAAAAAGCCCCCCCCCCCCCCCCAAAAAAAAAAACACCCCCCCCCCCCCCCUAAAAAAAAAAACCAACAAACGUACAUGUCCUAGGGCUGGGCCUAGUUCAGUUUGAACCCAGCUAGUCAUUGGUUUAUUGUUUGACAUUGUGAUUUCCAUUUGUUAGCAUAUUAGACCGUUUUCUCUCUUAUAUAAUUUAGAUAUAAAUUGAAAGACUUCGGCCUUUGAAUUGACAGUGGGGUCUUAAUGAACUAGGCUAAAUAAAAGAACUUAAUUUUGACUAGUUAACUAGUCCAGAACGUCCAGAUGAUUCAAUCCUAGUCAAAUAAGAUAUCAAUUUGUUUUGUACGAAUAUUACUAUUACUAUUAUUAAUGUAUAAAUACUAUAUCAUAACAACUGCAGCGCCAAGCAAGGAUUGAUUUAUAAUUAGUUUUGUGUAGGUGACUUUGUGCAACAAAAUUUAUAAUAAUUAAACCUAAUACCUAACUUCUGUUAUAAGGCUAGCUUUUUUUAAAAAUGUUUAAUAAAAAUCAGUGAACGAUUAACUAACUAAUUUCAGUGAUCAGUUAAAAUUGAAUCAGAUCAGUGAUCUUUUGUAUCAGGGAUCUUUCAAUAUCUACUAUUUAAAAAAAAAAGAAACACAGUAAUAAAUAUGAUUUACAUAAAAUAAAUUUAUUUGUCAUAAGACAUAAGACAUACGAUUCUCAUGCAACUUUAAGAGCUGAGUUCAGUUGGGCAGUUUCUAAUUUAUUAAUUACAAUAUAAAACACUCAGCACAUUAAACCUUGAAAAAGUAAAUUCUUCAAAUAAAGUAUUUAUGCAUUUAUUUUAUUCAAAUAAAUUAUUUAUGCACUUAUUCAAACAAACAAAGAAACAAAAAUAUCCAAAAUUUCAGUGAACAUUCUCUUGAACUCAAAUUCAAAGCUUAACACAGGUAUUUUUGAAGACCUACAACAUGUUCAUAAAGAUUAACAUAGGUAUUUUUGAAGACCUACAACAUAUUCAUAAAGAUUAACAAAGGUAUUUUUGAAGACCUACAACAUAUUCAUAAAGAUUAACAUAGGUAUUUUUGAAGACCUACAACAUGUUCAUAAAGAUUAACAUAGGUAUUUUUGAAGACCUACAACAUAUUCAUAAAGAUUAACAUAGGUAUUUUUGAAGACCUACAACAUGUUCAUAAAGCUUAACACAGUUAUUUUUGAACAUCUACAACAUGGUCAUUUCAGUUAGAAUAAUUUUAUUUAUUAUAAAGACACAUGAAUUCUUGACAUAACUUAAAAUUUAAUAAAAUAGUAGAUUUAUGUAAUAAAAUCGUUUGUGAAAAGAUUUUAUAAAAGCAAAUUAAAUGUUGAAACCAUUGAUAGCGGUUGAACUUUGUUUUCUUACAAUAUAACUUUGAGCAAAUAGGCUUUUAUCAGUUGUUAAUUCUAAUUGUAAUGCCAAGAUUAUAAUUCAAUACCACAAGUUUUCUUGCUGUCAGUGGUGUACAAUAAAUGCAGGAUGAGAAAGACACAAACGCCUCUUUUCUUAAUGGCUUUCUCCAUUUCACACCUGCGUUUAAAUACUAUAGGUCAAACUUGUGUUAGUAAAUUUCUUUUGAAUUUUAUGGACCGAUUUUCCCUAUUUUGAAUAGUUUGGUACUUCUAGUCUACAACAUUCUUAUUGCCUGGUACAUCUAGUCUUAAACAUUGUAAUUGCCUGGUAUAUCUGGUCUUAAAAAUUGCAACUGCCUGGUAUUUAAACCCAAGCUUUCAAAUGCACCAUGACAUAUGACCUCAAGCAGAUUUUUUGUUGUUGUUUAUUGACAGUUUAUUUUUGAAAGACCGAUUUUUCAAAGGUUUGCUGGACAUUAUUUUGGUUUUCUCUGGAGUCAAAGCAAAUUUGUAUGACUCUUGCUCAGUUUGAACUCUGUUGAUAAACUUCUAAAAAGUACUUGCACUCACCAAUGUGUAGCAAAAUACAAUGCAUUAUUGUUAUAAUUCACACAAAUUAUCAAGUGAAUUAAUUUGUUUUGUUGUGUUUACAGGUUGAUGAGUUUACAGUGUAGAAGAUAUACACACCUGUGAUAAGCUUCCGUUGUAUAUGGACCUUGGAGUAGAUUCAGUACCUGAAAUAAUGGCACAAGCUCCUGCUUCGGUUCCACCUGCUAAUAUGACAUUGAAAGGUUUUCCUAAAGAAAUUUUUUCACAAGUGGAGGAAAAGUUUCUAUGUGGGCACUGUGAACUUGUACUCCGCGAGCCCAUGCAGAGCACAUGCGGACACAGAUUUUGUAACUUUUGUAAACUGGAACUAGGAAGGUAAACUUACUGUAACUGGAAAAUUCAAAAGAAAUAUAACGUAUAAAAUUAUACACCAUCAUUCAUUUGUAUUUAAAAUUAGUUAUGUUUCAUUGUUAAUGUUUCAUUGCACGAACAUUUAAAGGUCUAACCAAAUGACACUCGACUUGGAAGUUCACGGCGUUUUAAUUUUUGUUAAUGUUUAAAAGUCGAAAACAUUUAUUCGGUUAAAAUAUUAUUUUCUUAUCUUGGGAAAUGUUUUCAAUGUAGAAAAAAAGCAAUUUUUACCGAUUAAAUUUUACUUUUUUCUUGAAAAUCCCUGAGAUUUUAAUUUACACAAAAUAAUGGUGAAACUGGAAAUUCUAAACUGGAAAUGAAGUGACUUGUGAUACAUGCGAAAAUUCUAAGCUGCGAAUGAAGUGACUUGUGAUACAUGCGAAAAGUCUAAGCUGCGAAUGAAGUGAGUUGUGAUACAUGUGAAAAUUCUAAGCUGCAAGUGAAGUGACUUGUGAUACAUACGAAAAUUCGAAGCUGCAAAUGAAGUGACUUGUGAUACAUGUGAAAAUUCUAAGCUGCAAGUGAAGUGACUUGUGAUACAUGCGAAAAUUCGAAGCUGCAAAUGAAGUGACUUGUGAUACAUGUGAAAAUUCAAAGCUGCAAAUGAAGUGACUUGUGAUACAUGUGAAUAUUCUAAGCUGCAAAUGAAGUGUGUCUUCUGUAAUACGUCUGGAAGCUCGAAGGAAAUUAAUUGUACUACUUUAAGAUUUCCUAAACUAGGAAUAAAGUGAAUUGUGAUACAUUCUGGGCUUGAAAUAAAGGGAAUUGUGAGAUAUUCAGAGCUGGAAUUAAAGUGAAUUUUGAAAUAUUCUGACACUCAAAGCUGGAAUUAAAAUGAAUGUGAUACUUCUGGAUAUUCUAAGUUUUAAAAGAAGUGAAAUUGAAUUUUGUUCAUUUGGAAUUCUAAGCUGAAAAUGAUGUGAACAGAACGCUUUUGUCAAGUCUAAGCUGCGACAGAUGUGACUAGAAUACUUCUGUCAAUUCUAAGCUGGAAUAUAAAUGGAUUGUGAUACCUUUGGAAUUUCUAAGCUUUAAAUAAAGUGUAAGUGUUAUACAUUUGAAACUCAAAGCUGGAAUAAAUGUGAAGGAUACUUCUGGAUAUUCUAAACUGGAAAUCAAAUGAAUUGCAAUAAAUCUGGAAAUUCACCAUAUAUAGAAAAAAAUUGUGUGUAAACAUUUUUCACAAAGUAGCCUACAUUUUCACAUACUUUUUAUUUUAUUUUCAAUUCAGAUACAUUAUUUGGGUAAAAUAGUUAAGACAAGAAAUGUGUUUGUUCAUUAAGGGGCGUCCAUUAAUUUUAAGCAAUUUUUGACACACACCCCCACCCCGUCAACAAUGGUCAAACUUUCAAUGACCAACCCUCCGUAAUUAUGUCAACAUUUUUAUUAACACCCCCUCCCCCCUUUUUUUUCCCCAAAUGAAUUAUAAUUUAAAUAAAUAUAUCAAUAUUUGACUUUGUGCUGAUCUAUUUUAAUCACACAAAAUUGUAGGAACAUCUUUUUAUUGCAUCUCCCGCUUGUCAAUCAACAAGUUAAAACUUUAUAGAACUAAAAAUUAUAGAACUAUUUUAAGUUACACUCAUUUAAAUUUGUUAAAAUAAUGUAAUAACAUUCAAUUUUUAAGAUAAAAAUUUUAAUAGAGAAAACAUGAUUGUUGACGUCAACUAAUCUAAACCCCUCCCCCUUGUCAACAAUUGUCAAAUAUUUCUAAACCCCCUCCCCCCAAUUUUGUUGACAUAAUUAAUGGACGACCCCCUUAGUUGCUGGACUAAGACAAAUAAAGGUGAGAGAGACAAAAGAAGAUGAUGCCUGCUGAUUUAUUUCCAUCAAUCUUCAUUCAGGAGAGACUUCAUCUCUUUAAAGUAAACAAUUCUCUCAUUUCAUUGUAAAAGUUGUGGGGGGAGGGGUGGGGGGGCGGGCGGGGCUCAAAUGCGAGACCUUUCAGAGGUAUGAAAGUGAUAUUUAUUAACACUUUAAUUCAUCUGAUCAUAUGUGAGAGCUAGCCAGUCCAAAUCAAAGUAACAGAAAACUAUCAUUUUAGUGACUUUUGUGAUCAGCUUAUAUGGAAAAACAUGUUUAGGGAUAUAGCUUCAAAACUAUUCAAAGAACUCAAUUAAUUAUUUUAUUCUUUUUGGUACUUUGUCCUUUAAAUAUUCAUUGCAAAUAAGUACAUGUACAAGUUAGUUUUUAAUUACUUAAAUUUCACAACUAUGAUUACGUCUAUUUGUUAUCAGCUAGUUUAUUGUGUGCACAUUCAUGUUGGGUGCUGAAAAUCUUAUAAAUGUUAGAUAUAAGAAUAUAAAAUAAAUACACAAAAAAAUAAUAAUCCAUUGAAUUAUUAAAAAAUUUAGUUUGAUUUCGUGUAUAAAAAGUGAAAGUGUUCAAUAUCAUCACUAAGAUUGCGUUACUAUGAAUAAUUUCUAUUUUCUUGAUAUUAAAAUGAAUUAAACUUGAUAGUUGAAAGCAAGUUGCUUGUGACUUAGGCCAUAACACCAUUUUAAAAAAAUAUAACUUUCCCUGUACUCUGUAAAUGAUAGAAACAAUCACAAAAGGAAUUCAAGUAUCUCAUGCAUAUUUUCUAAGUAGAUAUUUUGUCAUUAAUAUAAUAUAAAUAUUGGAACAGAAUUGUAGUCUUCCAAGGGUGUUAUUCUGUAUCAUCUGAGUAGCUACAUCUCUAAACUAGUUCACUGGUCUAGGCAGUUGGAUACACACGUGUUACAAUUUCACUAUUGUUAAACACCAGAUGCAGAAGAUUGAAUUUCCGAAUCCACCAUGUAUUUCAGAUUGCUUAAAAUAUUUAAUGUUGUCUUUCCUGUAUCUUAAUUUUAUUAAAAUUAACUUUGUUUUGAGCACUAUGUAACUAUACAGUCGUGAAUUUUCAUUGGGCGUUUUGUUAUAAUUUCAAAUGUUUUCCUUGAAUUGAAAUUUCAAAGUCAUUUUUGUGUGUGUAUUUUAUUGAUAAUAAAACCUUUUUUUACUAAAGAAUCGAAUUAUAUUUUCACUUGAAGCCGAAACAACCAGCUUUUUAACUUUUAAGAUAUGUCAUAUUUUUGUGGUGUCAAUCAUCACAUUCAUUCAUGUAAAUACAAGAUUUAUAAACUUCCAAGGAACAAAUAUUUUUAUACUUUUUAAUGUGUAAGGCACUGCUGUUGGAACCCCUCCUGAAAGAACCAAUGGAUAAUAGACAGAAUAAACGGUGAUUAUAAAAUUUAAGUCUUAGAGUAAACGAAAAGGAAUACAGAAUAAAAGGUGACUAAACAAUUAAACUCUAAGAGUAAACAGUAAGGAAUACAGAAUAAACAGUGCCUAAACAAUUCAACUCUAAGAGUAAACAAUAAGGAAUACAGAAUCAACAGUGAUUAAACAAUUCAACUCUAAGAGUAAACAAUAAGGAAUACACAAUCAAUAGUGAUUAAACAAUUCAACUCUAAGAGUAAACAAUAAGGAAUACACAAUCAACAGUGAUUAAACAAUUCAACUCAAGGAGUAAAUAAUGAGGAAUACAGAAUAAACAGUGAUUAAACAAUUCAACUCUAAGAGUAAACAGUAAGGAAUACAGAAUAAACAGUGAUUAAACAAUUCAAAUCUAAGGAUUAACUUAUAUUUCGUUACUCUUACAUUUGAACCUUGUAUAUCUAAGUGGAAGUCUAAGUAUAAUUAAGAACUUCAAAAUAUUUUAAAUUAUUGUAUAGAUUUAAAAAAAAGAAAUUUACAAUUAACAGUUAAUAUGUCUUUUUGUACUCAUAUUUAUUCAAGUAACCAACCAAAUGGUUUGACAAAUCCCUACGUGUUAGAAAGUCUGUAUUUUCUUAAUUUUUUUUCAAAUAGCAAAUUUAUUGAUUUAACACAAAAUUUUCUUUUUCUGUGGUGACCCACUACAUUUUCAUCACUUAUACUGGCACAUAUAUAAUAUAGAAAGAAAAAAAAAACAUUAUUUUUUAAAUGUGCAUAUACUUUUCUUUAUCUUAUAAGAAAGAAGCAUUGGUAAAUAAUUUAUUUUAAAAAAAGGUUGGGUUUUUUUCUUAACUAAAAUUAUUAUCAGGUUUGUUUUAAAAAAAAAGAUAAGUUACUUAGAUAUUGUUUGACCUUUGAUUGGUUUCUAUAUUAUAAUUAUUAAAACGUAUGUUUCACCAAGACAAAGCCAAUUUGAAAUUUUUAUCUCUUUUGUGUUAAAACUCUGCCAAGACAACUGCCAAAAAUAAAUUGUUGUUAGUUUUAACACAUUAAAACAUCCUUUUUAUAAUUUUUGUGAUUGCUAUUGCACACGACAGGGUAAAAGAUUCCCCCCCCCCCCUGCAAAAUGCUUGAAUUUACUUGAAUUCAUUGAAGGAGUUGUUUUAUUUUUUUAAAUUUAUAUCCAAGACAACUGCCAAAAAUAAAUUGUUGUUAGUUUUAACACAUUAAAACAUCCUUUUUAUAAUUUUUGUGAUUGCUAUUGCACACGACAGGGUAAAAGAUUCCCCCCCCCCCUGCAAAAUGCUUGAAUUUACUUGAAUUCAUUGAAGGAGAUGUUAUACUUUUUUAAAAUUAUAACAAUUUUCAUAGUUACAGUCAAAGGCAAUUUUGGACUGCCAGUGCUGCAAGAUACUCUUAAUACAGUUUGGACAUGCUACAGUCUUGGUCCUUAGAAAAAGAUCAGUUCUAGUGUCUACCAUUGCACAGGCUCCGAUGCUACUCAAUCACACUCAUAUAGUCCAAUCUUACCAAAGUUUUUUUUUUUCAAUAUUAUCUGCCAUCUCCAUGAUUCAAGGCUUUACCAUAUUAUUUGAUAGGGUCUGCAUACUUACUUUGAAAGAUCUCAAAGUAACAAUGGGUCUGUAUGGAGCCAUAAUAAUUAAAAUACCAAUUAAAUGUAAAAUCAUAUUUCAAAAUACUUGAGCAUAUGCAUGUUAGACAUCAUUGGCUUUAAGAGCUGAAGGGGAAAGAAAGCCUAGACUGCCACUUACUGGUUACAAGCUUGAUCAGUUUGCUUUAUCAGUUGGUGUCAUGGAAGUUGUCUUCAGUUGAAUGUCACACAAACACAAGAAAUGUGUGUCACCCAAUGACAGAUCCAUUCUAGAUGAUCACCAAUUAAAUCCUUAUUGUCACUAAGGGAGUUCAUUUAUGGUUGAUUUCUACGCUAUUGAAGUACUUUUGAUGUCUUGUGUUUAAAUGGUUAUAUGUGUGUAAAAUAUGUAUUUAUUUUUGUGCUGAAAAUAUAUAUUUUGUCUUAAGAUUUAUUAAAAAAACCCAUCAAAUACAGCAGAAGAUCUCAAAUUACUAUUUGCCUUUGUAUGACUGUGUUUAUUACAGCAGAAGAUCUCAAAUUACUAUUGCCUUUGUAUGACUGUGUUUAUUACAGCAGAAGAUCUCAAAUUACUAUUGCCUUUGUAUGACUGUGUUUAUUACAGCAGAAGAUCUCAAAUUACUAUUGCCUUUGUAUGACUGUGUUUAUUACAGCAGAAGAUCUCAAAUUACUAUUGCCUUUGUAUGACUGUGCUUAUUACAGCAGAAGAUCUCAAAUUACUAUUGCCUUUGUAUGACUGUGUUUAUUACAGCAGAAGAUCUCAAAUUACUAUUUGCCUUUGUAUGACUGUGUUUAUUACAGCAGAAGAUCUCAAAUUACUAUUGCCUUUGUAUGACUGUGUUUAUUACAGCAGAAGAUCUCAAAUUACUAUUGCCUUUGUAUGACUGUGUUUAUUACAGCAGAAGAUCUCAAAUUACUAUUGCCUUUGUAUGACUGUGCUUAUUACAGCAGAAGAUCUCAAAUUACUAUUGCCUUUGUAUGACUGUGUUUAUUACAGCAGAAGAUCUCAAAUUACUAUUGCCUUUGUAUGACUGUGUUUAUUACAAAAUUAUAUGUAUGUGAAAUGAUAUGUACAUUUAUUUAAUACAAGUUGUGUAUGAUAUACCAUUUUAAUUAUAAAAUGAGCUACUAAUUAUUUCAAUGUCUGAAUAUAAGAACAUAAUAUUAUUGAUAAUCUAGAAUUGGAAAAAAUGGGGACAGUACUUGAGAAUGCCUCAUUGAAAUUUUAAAAUAGUAAAUGUUGUAAUUGUGGAUCUGUUUCAGUGAGUUUUUAAUGCUACUUAGUGUUACAUAACAAGUGCUGUGUGUUAUCACAGGAGGCUUGCCAUAACAAGUGUUGUGUGUUAUCACAAGAGGCUUGCCAUAAAAAGUGUUGUGUGUUAUCACAGGAGGCUUGCCAUAACAAGUGUUGUGUGUUAUCACAGGAGGCUUGCCAUAACAAGUGUUGUGUGUUAUCACAGGAGACUUGCCAUAACAAGUGAUUGUGUUAUCACAGGAGGCUUGCCAUAACAAGUGCUGUGUGUUAUCACAGGAGGCUUGCCAUAACAAGUGCUGUGUGUUAUCACAGGAGACUUGCCAUAACAAGUGCUGUGUGUUAUCACAGGAGGCUUGCCAUAACAAGUGCUGUGUGUUAUCACAGGAGCAUUGCUUCACAGGAGUGUUGCUUCACAGGAGUGUUGUUUCACAGGAGCACUGUUUCACGGGAGCAUAGCUUCACAGGAGCACUGUUUCACAGGUGCAUUGUUUCACAGGAGCUAUGUAAAAAGACUAAGUUAUGUAACAAGACUAAGCUAUGUAUCAAGACUAAGCUAUGUAUCAAGACUAAGCCAUGUAUCAAAACUAAGCCAUGUAUCAAGAUUAAGCAAUGUAUCAAGACUAAGCCAUGUAACAAGACUAAGCUAUGUAACAAGACUAAGCGAUGUAUCAAGACUAAGCUAUGUAUCAAGACUAAGCCAUGUGACAAAACUAAGCCAUGUAUCAAGACUAAGCAAUGUAUCAAGACUAAGCUAUGUAACAAGACUAAGCCAUGUGACAAGACUAAGCCAUGUAUCAAGACUAAGCAAUGUAUCAAGACUAAGCUAUGUAACAAGACUAAGCUAUGUAUCAAAAUUAAGCUAUGUAACAUGACUAAGCCAUGUGACAAGACUAAGCCAUGUAUCAAGACUAAGCAAUGUAUCAAGACUAAGCUAUGUAACAAGACUAAGCCAUGUGACAAGACCAAGCCAUGUGACAAGACUAAGCCAUGCAUCAAGACUGAGCAAUGUAUCAAGACUAAGCUAUGUAACAAGAUUAGAUUAUGCAUCUUCAUUUUGGGACCCAUUUUCCCAGAAGAGCAUUGACAGGUUGGAGGCGGUCCAGCAACGAGCAGCCCACUUUGUCCUGAACUGCUACAGGAAUACCUCUAGUGUUGGCAGCAUUCUAGAAACACUAGGCUUGUCACCUUUGGAGGAACGAUGACGACUAUCCAGGCUCUCCAUAAUGUACACGAUAUAUAAUGGGCUGGUCCACUGUCCCAGUAUUAAACAGAAACUCGUCCCUCUCCCCCAUAGACAGCGAAGAGGACAUGACAGGCAAUUCCAGCUCUUACCAGCAAAAAGCCAGUAUAGGAGCUGCUCAUUCCUGCCCAAGACAAUCAGGGACUGGAACAAGCUUUCAAAAGGAACAGUUGAGGUGACAACACUAGAAACAUUUUCGUCUAUUGCCUCAAGCCUUUCAACCCCCAGCGCAUGAUUCCCUCACAAAGUAGCACAUGCAAUCAGUGAAAUAUCUUCAUAGACACCAGGCACAGAAACAUUGCAAAUCCCCUGCAUAGGAGCAAAAAUGAUCAAUAAAUUGAUCGUGGGCCCUCAUUAAAUAGAAGAAGAAGACUAAGUCAUGUAUCAAGACUAAGCUAUGUAUGAAGACUAAGCCAUGUAUCAAGACUAAGCUAUGUAACAAGACUAGGAUAUGUUCAAGACUAGGAUAUGUUCAAGACUAAGCCAUGUGACAAGAUUAAGCCAUGUACAAGACUAAGCCAUGUGACAAGACUAAGCCAUGUAUCAAGACUAAGCUAUGUGUGAAGACUAAGCUAUGUAACAAGACUAGGAUAUGUAUCAAGACUAAGCCAUGUAUCAAGACUAAGCUAUGUAUAAAAACAAAGCCAUGUAUCAAGACUAAGCUAUGUAUAAAAACAAAGCCAUGUAUAAAGACUAAGCUAUGUAUAAAAACUAAGGUAUGUCGCAAGACUAAGCUAUGUAACAAGACUAGGAUAUGUAUCAAGACUAAGCCAUGUAUCAAGACUAAGCCAUGUAUCAAGACUAAGCUAUGUAUAAAAACUAAGCUAUGUAAUGAGACUAAGCUAUGCAUCAAUACUAAGCUAUGUAACAAAACUAAGCUAUGUAUCAAGACUACGCUAUAUAGCAAGACUAAGCUAUGUAGCAAGACUAAGCUGUGUAUCAAGACUAAGCUAUGUGACAAGACUAAGCUGUGUAGGAUAAGCAGAGUCAGAUAACUUAAGUCUCAAAGAAUCAAAAAUCAUUCACAGCCAAGUCUCAUGUGGUAUGAAAUAAAAUGUUUUUAUAAAUCUAAUUCAAAAAUAUUUUUGUAGCUAUUUUAAUUUAUAUUUUUUUAUCAGUUUUAUUUGUAUUACAGAAACCAGACAGAUCCAGUAAUAUGUAAGGCAUGUAUAACAGAGGGACUAUCGGAAGAAGAGAGCAUUUUAAAUGUUACAUCUGUAAGUAUUGAACAAUCCGUAUGGUGUGCCAUUUGAACUAUUGUUCUCAAUUAUUCAUUUUAAACAUAUAUAUUCUAACAGCCAUCCCAAGUUCUAUUUUGAUUUUACGAAAUAAAUUCUACAGCAGUUUGCACAAUUUGUAUUGCAUGUGUUACUCAAAAGAAGUUUGUCUUCAUUUAUAUGCCUGCCAGCAGGUUUACAUUUCAACUUCUUCAUCUCUAUGCCUGCCAGCAGGUUUACAUUUCAACUUCUUCAUCUCUAUGCCUGCCAGCAGGUUUACAUUUCAACUUCUUCAUCUCUAUGUCUGCCGGAAGGUUUACAUUUCAACUUCUUCAUCUCUAUGCCUGCCAGCAGGUUUACGUUUCAACUUCUUCAUCUCUAUGUCUGCCAGCAGGUUUACAUUUCAACUUCUUCAUCUCUAUGUCUGCCAGCAGGUUUACAUUUCAACUUCUUCAUCUCUAUGCCUGCCAGCAGGUUUACAUUUCAACUUCUUCAUCUCUAUGCCUGCCAGCAGGUUUACAUUUCAACUUCUUCAUCUCUAUGUCUGCCAGCAGGUUUACAUUUCAACUUCUUCAUCUCUAUGCCUGCCAGCAGGUUUACAUUUCAACUUCUUCAUCUCUAUGCCUGCCAGCAGGUUUACAUUUCAACUUCUUCAUCUCUAUGUCUGCCAGCAGGUUUACAUUUCAACUUCUUCAUCUCUAUGUCUGCCAGCAGGUUUACAUUUCAACUUCUUCAUCUCUAUGUCUGCCAGCAGGUUUACAUUUCAACUUCUUCAUCUCUAUGCCUGCCAGCAGGUUUACAUUUCAACUUCUUCAUCUCUAUGUCUGCCAGCAGGUUUACAUUUCAACUUCUUCAUCUCUAUGCCUGCCAGCAGGUUUACAUUUCAACUUCUUCAUCUCUAUGUCUGCCAGCAGGUUUACAUUUCAACUUCUUCAUCUCUAUGCCUGCCAGCAGGUUUACAUUUCAACUUCUUCAUCUCUAUGCCUGCCAGCAGGUUCAGGUUUACAUUUCAACAUUUAACAAAGACAAUGUUUAACAACCAAUCGUAAAAUGCUGGAACUUUUACAAAUGCUUUAAAAAAAAAAAAAGCUAAAAGAUUAUUGACCAAUGAUUAUGAUAGUUGUGAAUGACCACUGUGCACCUGGAUUCUCUGGAUCAUAUGUUGUCACAAAGCUUCUUAUGUCUUUACUAAUCCAUAUCUAUUGUUGUGCACCUGGAUUCUCUGGAUCAUAAUAUGUUGUCACACAGCUUCUAAUGUCUUUACAAAUCCAUAUCUAUUGUGCACCUGGAUUCUCUGGAUCACAUAUUGUCACAAAGCUUCUAAUGUCUUUACAAAUCCAUAUCUAUUGUGCACCUGGAUUCUCCAGAUCACAUGUUGUCACAAAGCUUUUAAUGUCUUUACAAAUCCAUAUCUAUUGUGCACCUGGAUUCUCUGGAUCACAUAUUGUCACAAAGCUUCUAAUGUCUUUACAAAUCCAUAUCUAUUGUGCACCUGGAUUCUCUGGAUCACAUGUUGUCACAAAGCUUUUAAUGUCUUUACAAAUCCAUAUCUAUUGUGCACCUGGAUUCUCUGGAUCACAUGUUGUCACAAAGCUUCUAAUGUCUUUACAAAUCCAUAUCUAUUGUGCACCUGGAUUCUCUGGAUCACAUGUUGUCACAAAGCUUCUAAUGUCUUUACAAAUCCAUAUCUAUUGUGCACCUGGAUUCUCUGGAUCACAUGUUGUCACAAAGCUUCUAAUGUCUUUACAAAUCCAUAUCUAUUGUGCACCUGGAUUCUCUGGAUCACAUGUUGUCACAAAGCUUCUAAUGUCUUUACAAAUCCAUAUCUAUUGUGCACCUGGAUUCUCUGGAUCACAUGUUGUCACAAAGCUUCUAAUGUCUUUACAAAUCCAUAUCUAUUGUGCACCUGGAUUCUCUGGAUCACAUGUUGUCUCAAAGCUUCUAUUCCAACAAACUCUAUUCCAACAUUAACAACAAAUGCUGCUCCGUCAUGUUGAGUUUUAUAAUGGUUCUUGUGUUAUUAAUUGAACUUCAGAUGUUUGAAGACAAGGCCGCCAUUAGAGAGAUGAAAAAAUUAGCAACAAAAUGUACUAACCAAGGCUGCACUUGGAAAGGAGUUUUUCAGGAUUACCUGGUAAGUUGCAUACCAUUUAGUAUUGUUAUAGUCUACUCAUACAGUCACUUUGAAUUUAGAUUUCUUGUAGUGAUUUCAUGCAGUCACUUUGAAUUUAGAUUUCUUGUAGUGAUUUCAUGCAGUCACUUUGAAUUUAGAUUUCUUGUAGUGAUUUCAUACAGUCACUUUGAAUUUAGAUUUCUUGUAGUGAUUUCAUGCAGUCACUUUGAAUUUAGAUUUCUUGUAGUGAUUUCAUGCAGUCACUUUGAAUUUAGAUUUCUUGUAGUGAUUUCAUGCAGUCACUUUGAAUUUAGAUUUCUUGUAGUGAUUUCAUGCAGUCACUUUGAAUUUAGAUUUCUUGUAGUGAUUUCAUGCAGUCACUUUGAAUUUAGAUUUCUUGUAGUGAUUUCAUGCAGUCACUUUGAAUUUAGAUUUCUUGUAGUGAUUUCAUGCAGUCACUUUGAAUUUAGAUUUCUUGUAGUGAUUUCAUGCAGUCACUUUGAAUUUAGAUUUCUUGUAGUGAUUUCAUGCAGUCACUUUGAAUUUAGAUUUCUUGUAGUGAUUUCAUGCAGUCACUUUGAAUUUAGAUUUCUUGUAGUGAUUUCAUGCAGUCACUUUGAAUUUAGAUUUCUUGUAGUGAUUUCAUGCAGUCACUUUGAAUUUAGAUUUCUUGUAGUGAUUUCAUGCAGUCACUUUGAAUUUAGAUUUCUUGUAGUGAUUUCAUGCAGUCACUUUGAAUUUAGAUUUCUUGUAGUGAUUUCAUGCAGUCACUUUGAAUUUAGAUUUCUUGUAGUGAUUUCAUGCAGUCACUUUGAAUUUAGAUUUCUUGUAGUGAUUUCAUGCAGUCACUUUGAAUUUAGAUUUCUUGUAGUGAUUUCAUGCAGUCACUUUGAAUUUAGAUUUCUUGUAGUGAUUUCAUGCAGUCACUUUGAAUUUAGAUUUCUUGUAGUGAUUUCAUGCAGUCACUUUGAAUUUAGAUUUCUUGUAGUGAUUUCAUGCAGUCACUUUGAAUUUAGAUUUCUUGUAGUGAUUUCAUGCAGUCACUUUGAAUUUAGAUUUCUUGUAGUGAUUUCAUACAGUCACUUUGAAUUUAGAUUUCUUGUAGUGAUUUCAUGCAGUCACUUUGAAUUUAGAUUUCUUGUAGUGAUUUCAUACAGUCACUUUGAAUUUAGAUUUCUUGUAGUGAUUUCAUACAGUCACUUUGAAUUUAGAUUUCUUGUAGUGAUUUCAUGCAGUCACUUUGAAUUUAGAUUUCUUGUAGUGAUUUCAUGCAGUCACUUUGAAUUUAGAUUUCUUGUAGUGAUUUCAUGCAGUCACUUUGAAUUUAGAUUUCUUGUAGUGAUUUCAUGCAGUCGCAUUGAAUUUAGAUUUCUUGUAGUGAGUUCAUGCAGUCACAAUGAAUUUAGAUUUCUUGUAGUGAGCUCUUAUAGCCACAUUGAGUCUAGCUCACUUAUAGUUUAGCUCAUAUAGUCACAAUGAGUUUAGCUCUUCUUCUUCUUCUUCUAUAUCUUAAGGGCCCACGAUCAAUUUAUUGAUCAUUUUGGCUCCUAUGCAUGUAGAUGGGAUUUGCAAUGUUUCUGUUCCUGGUGUUGAUGAGGAAAUUUCACAGAUUUCCAGUGCCACUUUGUGAGGGAAUCAUGCACUAGGAGUUUGAAGGCUUGAGGCAAUAGACACAAAUGUGUCUAGUGUUGUCACCUCAACCGUUCCUUUUGAAAGAUUGUUCCAGUCCCUGAUUGUCUUGGGCAGGAAUGAGCUCAUGUAGCACACCGAGUUCUAGCUCACUUAUAGUUUAGCUCAUAUAGUCACAAUGAGUUCUAGCUCACUUAUAGUUUAGCUCUUAUACCACUCUGAGUUCUAGCUCACUUAUAGUUUAGCUCAUAUAGCACACUGAGUUCUAGCUCACUUAUAGUCUAGCUCAUAUAGCACACUGGGUUCUAGCUCACUUAUAGUUUAGCUCAUAUAACACACUGAGUUCUAGCUCACUUAUAGUUUAGCUCAUAGAGUCACAUUGAAUUCUAGCUGGUUGAUAGCUGAAAGUCAGUUGCAACAUCAGCACCCCCCUCCCUUCCCCACUUGAGAACCUGCUGCUUCACUGAAACCCACCAUAGGAAACUCCUGAACUCCUUAGAGGUCACAAUAGAUAUGUUUAUGACCUUAACCUAACCUUAGAGGUCACAAUAGAUAUGUUUAUGACCUUAACCUAACCUUAGAGGUCACAAUAGAUAUGUGUUUAUGACCUUAACCUAAAAGCCCCCACUCUCCCUUCUUCAAAACCGGGUGGAGAUGAUUGCAUCCAGCACUAGUGGCUUGUUGGCACUGAUGAAUUGGUUGUCUAGCAACGCUCCCCUUAAUGGAGAUAGUUUUUUGCGAUCAGAGUCAUGCACCUAAUCCAAACAUCGAAUCCACUGAUAAAAACUCAUUGUGGAUGCUUCAUGGAUUUUUUCUCAUACAGGGGGAUUGUUGAUGCGUUUCUAUGUCAUGGAUGUUUUGGAAUGUGUAUUUGUGUCUUGGAUGUUUUAGAAUGUUUAUUUGUGUCUUGGAUGUUGUUUGUCGGUGUCAUCUGUGUCAUAUUUGUGAAUGCGUGUCUGCAUCUCUGAUGUUUUUAAAAAAUUAUUUUUGUCAUUUAGGAUGUGGAUCUUACUCUUGUUAGUGGUUAGUGUCAAAUGACUAACUACUCCAUCACACAUCUAAUUCCAUUCUUUAAAAGGUUCAAUCAAAAUUCCUCCUCAGAACCAUGAAAACACCUGUGAUAAGAAAAUGGUGACCUGCUCCAAGUGUGGUUUACAAGUGUCGCAGGCCAAACUGACCAACCAUGAAACAAAGCAUUGUGUCAAACGGACAAUCUCAUGUCAAUGGUGCAAGCAAGAAAUGAUUUUUGAACAGCAGGAAGUAAGUUUUAGAAAGUUUUUCAACAAAAAUAAUACAUUAAAUGAUUUAGUUAAAGUCGAGUCUCCCAACACAAACACAUUGACAUAUGAACACAUGAGCAUAUGAACACAUGAGCAUAUGAACACAUGAACAUGAAAAAUCUUAUAACAAAUCCUUGUUGUAAUAUAUAUUUGUUGUGCCAGCUUGCGUUCAGAUAUUUGGUUUAACCAUAUUUAAUCAUUUUUGUUAGAAACAUCAAGGUAACUGCCCCAAUUCACCAGUCAGGUGUGAGAAAUGCUCAAAACAGGUGCCUAAAAGUGAGGUGAGAUCAACAUUACAAAUAAUUUAAACACUGGUGCUAUGAAAUGAGUUUAACAUUGGUGCUAUGAAAGGAGUUUAACAUUGGUGCUAUGAAAUGAGUUUAACAUUGGUGCUAUGAAAUGAUUUAAACAUUGGUGCUAUGAAAUGAGUUUAACAUAGGUGCUAUGAAAUGAUUUAAACAUUGGUGCUAUGAAAUGAGUUUAACAUUGGUGCUGUGAAAUGAUUUAAACAUUGGUGCUGCGAGAUAGUUUCACUGUUGUUUCAGGUACCUGUAUGUCAAGGUCUAAAUUUAAAGAGUGAGGAUAAGAUAAACUCAAAUUAUUGAGACAGUGCUAUUUUAAAAUAUAUAUUUUUGUUUGAUAUCUACAGAUGAAAACUCACAAAGAGGAAGAGUGUCCUAAUCGUACGGUGGAGUGCCCCGUCCCUGAUUGUAAUAUGAAGGUAACUCAUGUUCAUGAUAUACUAUAAAACUCUGCUUGGGAUAAGUUUUUUAUUUUAUUUUUUUUAUAUUUAUGAGACUAUGACUGAUUAAAAAAAUUCAAAAAUAGGAAACAAUAUUUUCCAAGGGUUUUGGUCGUUGCUCAACAUGUUUUAUGGUGCCUGUCCAUUAUAUCAUCAAUUAUACCUGUCCAUUAUAUCAUCAAUUAUACCUGUCCAUUAUAUCAUCAAUUAUACCUGUCCAUUAUAUCAUCAAUUAUACCUGUCCAUUAUAUCAUCAAUUAUACCUGUCCAUUAUAUCAUCAAUUAUACCUGUCCAUUAUAUCAUCAAUUAUACCUGUCCAUUAUAUCAUCAAUUAUACCUGUCCAUUAUAUCAUCAAUUAUACCUGUCCAUUAUAUCAUCAAUUAUACCUGUCCAUUAUAUCAUCAAUUAUACCUGUCCAUUAUAUCAUCAAUUAUACCUGUCCAUUAUAUCAUCAAUUAUACCUGUCCAUUAUAUCAUCAAUUAUACCUGUCCAUUAUAUCAUCAAUUAUACCUGUCCAUUAUAUCAUCAAUUAUAUCUCUCCAUUAUAUCAUCAAUUAUACCGUUCCAUUAUAUAAUCAGUUAUACCUGUCCAUUAUAUCAUCAAUUAUAUCUCUCCAUUAUAUCAUCAAUUAUAUCUCUCCAUUAUAUAUGAUCAAUCAAGUAUCCAUUUAUAUCAUCAAUCAUGUUUACCCAUUAUAUAAUCAGUUAUACCUGUCCAUUAUAUCCACCAAUUAUGUCUAUCCAUUAUGUCAAUCAAUUGUGUCUGGCCAUCUAAUAUAUGUGUUAACUCUUCAUAUUGUUAUUUCACAACAUGUAAAAUAUUCCAGCUACCACUAGAUCAGUUCUACAGUCACAUUGGUAAGACACCACAGGCCACACAGAAGCACAUGACCUACCUGUUUAGUAGAAUUCAAAAAUUGGAAAAGCAGAUUGAGCAGGUUGAGACUGCCUCGGCAAGUGCUGUUGGGAUCGGUACAGAUGGCGGAGCCCAGGCGGGACUAGAUCAAGCCACCGGAGGUGCCGGGAGCGGUGUUGCCGGAGCUGAAGGGGGAGCAGGUAUGGCGGUUUUUAAUAAUAGGUGUUACUUCAUUUGCUUUUAAGGUUUUUCAGUGAUGGCAAACCAAAGGCGUGACAAAGUCACCUGUUAGAUUUAACACCAUGACUUUGUACAUGACACACCAUGUCAGUCAAUUUCUUUGUCCUUAUACAAUAAAAGGCUGUGGACAAAUUGGAUUGACAACAUUUUUUGAGAACCAUAGAUCUAAGCUGAGAUGUGAUGCCUUCUAAUUAAAUAUUCUAGUCUGGAGAAGAGGGUUCAUUCUGUAAGGCAGAAAAUGUUGUUAGUAGAAAAGAGGGGAGGCAGUGGCAAGGCCUUUAGUCAUGUACACACCUAAAGUCACAAGUUGGCAUGUGCACACCAAAAGUCACUAGUUGACAUGUGCACAUCUUAAGUCACUAGUUGGCAUGUGCACACCUAAAGUCACUAGUUGGCAUGUGCACACCUAAAGUCACUAGUUGACAUGUACACACCUAAAGUCACUAUUUGGCAUGUGCACACCUAAAUUCACUAGUUGGUAUGUGCACACCUAAAGUCACUAGUUGGCAUGUGCACACCUAAAGUCACUAGUUGGCAUGUGCACACCUAAAGUCACUAUUUGGCAUGUGCACACCUAAAGUCACUAGUUGGUAUGUGCACACAUAAAGUCACUAUUUGACAUGUGCACACAUAAAGUCACUAGUUAGCAUGUGCACACCUAAAGUCACUAGUUGACAUGUGCACACAUAAAGUCACUAGUUGAUAUGUGCACACAUAAAGUCACUAGUUGGUAUGUGCACACAUAAAGUCACUAUUUGACAUGUGCACACAUAAAGUCACUAGUUGAUAUGUGCACACAUAAAGCCACUAGUUGACAUGUGCACACAUAAAGUCACUAGUUGACAUGUGCACACAUAAAGUCACUAGUUGAUAUGUGCACACAUAAAGUCACUAGUUGGUAUGUGCACACCUAAAGUCACUAGUUGGCAUGUGCACACCUAAAGUCACUAGUUGGCAUGUGCACACCAAAAGUCACUAGUUGACAUGUGCACAUCUUAAGUCACUAGUUGGUAUGUGCCCUGAGUCAAAUCAAAGGCUGUCUGUCAACUCCAUGACGGCCAAUCCAUGUUUCCAAUAUAGGAUGUACUUUUAGGUUUGACAGAAUUGUCAAGAGUAAAAUCCCCCCCCCCCCUUCCCUUGCUUGCCAUGCAAAACAAUACUGUGGGUCAGAUUUAGCCUAGAUGACAUAGUUUUCAACGCCUGGUCUAAACAGAUGUCAUAUCAAUCCUUAAACCAUUUAGCCUAGAUGGCAUAGUUUUCAACACCUGGUCUAAACAGAUGUCAUAUCAAUCCUUAAACCAUUUAGCCUAGAUGGCAUAGUUUUCAACACCUGGUCUAAACAGAUGUCAUAUCACACCUUAAACGUGACGUUUUGUUUCAAAAUGUUACCUCACACUUAUGCUCUGUGAGUGUGAUGUGCCCUUCUUAGAUAUAUGAUGCCACCUGCAUUAUCUUCAUGAAUGUGAUGUGCCCUUCUUAGAUAUAUGAUGCCACCUGCAUUAUCUUCAUGAAUGUGAUGUGUCCCGUUUUGGGCUUCUAUAUUUUAAUUGUCUUCUUCUUCAGGGGUGCACAUGGCACCGUACACGGGAAAUGUUUUGGGCACUGAAGAAAAACAGAAGCUAAAACUUCAUGAAGAUUUGAUGGCGGUGCUCCAUGGAGAGAUUCUGCGAUGCAUCAAACAAAUGGAGGCCAUGGGACAUAAGCUGGAGGUGGAAACAAAGACAACCGAAAAGUUAAAGAAUUCAAUUCAGGUGGGUGGUUUUUUUUUAUGUGACCAAUCCACAAGGGGUAGAAAGUUCUUACCGUUUGAGAGUUCCUAAUGGGAAGUCCAGACAUUCAGUUCUGAAAUGUUCACGAAAAGUACAAAAUAAUCAAAAUUGAAAUUGAAAGACAGGAGCAGACAACCCAUAAAUAAAAUACAGGGAGGUUGCCGGCUUCUUUACUGCCCCAGUGGACUAGUUGCUUUACACAUUAAUCUACUGUAAAGCAUUGUUAUCUACUGUAAAGCAUUUUUAUCUACUGUAAAGCAUUGUUAUCUAAUAAAAAGCAUUGUUAUCUACUGUAAAGCAUUGUUAUCUACUGUAAAGCAUUGUUAUCUACUGUAAAGCAUUGUUAUCUACUGUAAAGCAUCGUAAGAGCACACAGAAAAUUCCAUUUCCACUCUCUGUAAUCAUGGUUCUGACAUAGCUGAGAGCCAACUGAUAUAAGGCCAGUUCACUGUCAGAAGGGUGUGAGCCAACUCUAUGAAGGCAUAUUGACGGUUACAAGGGUGUGAGCCAACUAUAUUAAGGCAUAUUGAUGAUAACAAGGACAAGGGUGUGAGCCAACUCUAUGAAGGCAUAUUGACGGUUACAAGGGUGUGAGCCAACUGUAUGAAGGCAUAUUGACGGUUACAAGGGUGUGAGCCAACUGUAUGAAGGCAUAUUGACGGUUACAAGGGUGUGAGCCAACUCUAUGAAGGCAUAUUGACGGUUACAAGGGUGUGAGCCAACUCUAUGAAGGCAUAUUGACAGUUACAAGGGUGUGAGCCAACUCUAUGAAGGCAUAUUGACGGUUACAAGGGUGUGAGCCAACUCUGUGAAGGCAUAUUGACAGUUACAAGGGUGUGAGCCAACUCUAUGAAGGCAUAUUGACAGUUACAAGGGUGUGAGCCAACUCUAUGAAGGCAUAUUGACGGUUACAAGGGUGUGAGCCAACUCUAUGAAGGCAUAUUGACGGUUACAAGGGUGUGAGCCAACUCUGUGAAGGCAUAUUGACAGUUACAAGGUUAGGAGUCAGUAAAACAACAAGUGUUUUCAAGAGGCGAUAGCUUUACAGUUGCCUCUAAUUGAAAAAACUUUGAAUAAAUGGGAGUACCCACAAAUUAAAAAUAUUAUAAAUUUUUUUCUAUGCAGCUGUACUGUGUCAUACGUAUAUAGUUUACUGUAUCUGGACCGUGUUAAACAUAUAUAGUUUACUGCAAUUGUAAUGUGUAAUAUGUAUAUAAAUUAAUGCAGCUGUAAUAUUUUAUAUGUGUAUAGUUUUAUGUUGUCGUAAUGUGUUGUAAAUAUCUAGUUCUAGAUCCACAUGGAAUGGUGAAUAUCUGUGUGUCCAGUUUGAGCUUGAAUAAUUGAACUAGCAUGCUCAGAUAUUUAUCCUAUGUUUUCCAUUACUUAUAGGUUAAUCUAUUUUCUUGUCCUGUGUCUUUAACUUAAACAUGUUUUUUUUUUUGGGUCUAUUCCAACUGCAGGCCAUUGAAAGACAAAUGAGUACAUUUGAAGAAAGACUUCAAGCACUUGCCCCACCCACCCCUGACCCCCUGGAGGGCGGGACCCUCUUUGAUAACAAGGACGGCCUACUUACUUGGAAACUGGACUCCUUCAGUCAGAUCCGACGUGCCGCCGUCAAUGAACAAAAACUGUGUGUGUGUUCACCAUCCUUUUUCACCGGACCGGUGGGCUACAAGAUGAGGAUACGCCUGUUCACCAACGGGGACGGAGAAGCCAAGGGGAAGUCAAUAUCGGCUUUUAUUCAGCUGCAGCAGGGUCCCUACGACGACCUUCUGCCGUGGCCUUUCAUGGGGAAGGUGAUACAUUUUAAUUGUUUAUCGUAGACUUAAUUGAACGUGAAAUGGAAUCCAUUGAAGGGAUUAUCUAUAAACUAUGUAUGCAUAAGCAUUAUGUCAUUUUUGUCCCCAACCUCCUCCUUUUGACAUCUGUAUAAUUAUGUUGUCCACUGUCCCAGCUAAAGCUAUUCAAGUGUUGCUUAUAGUUUAAACUACAUGUGCACCAUAGGCCAAUGACAUCCAAAUCACAAGAUGUCCUUCAUGUGCACCAUAGGCCAAUGACAUCCAAAUCACAAGAUGUCCUUCAUGUGCACCAUAGGCCAAUGACAUCCAAAUCACAAGAUGCCCUUCAUGUGCACCAUAGGCCAAUGACAUCCAAAUCACAAGAUGUCCUUCAUGUGCACCAUAGGCCAAUGACAUCCAAAUCACAAGAUGUCCUUCAUGUGCACCAUAGGCCAGUGACAUCCAAAUCACAAGAUGCCCUACAUGUGCACCAUAGGCCAAUGACAUCCAAAUCACAAGAUGCCCUACAUGUGCACCAUAGGCCAAUGACUUCCAAAUCACAAGAUUGCCCUACAUGUGCACCAUAGGCCAAUGACAAAAUGACUCAACAUAUAAAAGAACUCCUUAAGUUAAGAAGUAAAAUAUAAUACUUGGAAAAGCAAAAAUUGAGUUCUUUAAAUUUGUCCAGGGGUUCAAAGGGUGUGACUUUGGACAAAGUAAAAUAGCUAGUACAUGUACUCCAUCAAAAUAACUAGUACAUGUAUUCCAUCAAAAUAAAAAGUACAUGUACUCUAUCAUAGCUAAUACAUGUUUUCUAUCAUAGCUAGUACUUGUACUCUAUCGAGUUGGGGUUGUCAAUAAUGGAAACGAAGCAAGUAACUUUCAUCUUUUUGUCCAACAGAUCUUUCUGAUGAUUGUGGACCAGAGAAACUUCAGAGAACACAAGGUGGUCAGCUUCAGUGCCUUACCUGACCAGCAAGCGUUUCAAAAACCGCAGACUGAAGCCAACAUAGCUUCGGGCGUGCCCAACCUCAUUCUGCUCUCUGAGUUCCAAGACACACAGGACAAAUAUUUAGUCCGGGACACUGUGUACAUGCGAGUCCAUGUGGAACUGUCUGACACCGUCAGGGACAAGCUGAGCACUUUGAACCCAAAGAACUUUUUAAGGAGGUAAAAUAUGACGCCAUCAUCAACAACAACAGAACGUACCGGUACUUGGGUCAGUUUGACCCGUGACACAGCAAAGUGAAAACGCCUGCAGGAUGUACACAAACAAUCCUAGCGUGGAAGAAGGGUUUUGAAGAUUUUGAUGAAAUAUUUUGUGUGUAAAAUUGCAUGUAGAUAUUGAGAUGAAGGCAGAGAGACAGUGGCUUUUUACUGUGUUGUCUGAUGAAACAUUUGUGAUAUGUGCAACUUUUGGACACUGCCCUUGUCAUGUUUCAGGUUAAACUUAACAUUAAUCAGGAGUACUUUCCCAAAUGUCAGGAGUACUUUACUUUCCCAAGUCUCAGUCAAUUAUGUUAGAAAUGGGAAAUCAGGGUGAUAUAUUUAGAUGUUUUCAGGGGUCUUUUAGUGGAUACUUACUAAAUUAUCGGUAUUAAAUAGGGAAAACAAUUUUUGUUUUUCAAAAUAAAAAAAAUUAGAUUUUAGAUAACCAUUAAUUGUAGAAAUAUAAAAGUUUGACUUUUCUACCUGGAUUAAGUGAUGAAAAUUGAGCUUUGGUAAAAUUCCCUUUAAUCAUAAUAACAUUUAUUUAUUUUUAGUUGCCCUUGUAAAAAAAUGAUUUUGUAAAAAAAUUUUGUGUGUGUAUGAGACCAUGAAGGCCGGUGCUUCAGCUAAGCUUUGGACCAUAUGAUGACAAUCUGUUCAGAACAACAUAACUGUUUUGGAGGAUUCCCCACACCGUCUUACUUGGGGGGGACAUCAAAUUAUACAGUAAAAUGCUCCAAAAUUGUAACUUUCUGUCCUGAUGCUCUGCGAGGGUGCUGUGAUGCUCUGCAAGGGGGUGCCAUGAUGCUCUGCAUGGGGUGCCAUGGUUCAUGCCAUUUGACAGGAGAUUGACAGUGGUAUGGGCACAGCGUUAAUGCGGAAGUUGAAGUUAGUGGUUGUUUGUAUGGAGUUGCAGUUGAGACUUGUAUGACUGACAGCUUAUCAUUAGCUCAUCUUAUCCAUUGUAUGGAGUUGUAGUUGAGACUUGUAUGACUGACAGCUUAUCAUUAGCUCAUCUUAUCCAUCUAGAAGUGAUAAACAUCCCUGCUGGAGCAGUGGUCUCAUAUUUACGGGCAUCAUGUGGCCCUCCAAACGUUCUUGCCGCCGGCAAAGUGAUUUGUGUUAGGUGUUGUCCUUGGAAUUGACCCUCAAUAAUAAUAAUGAUAAGUAUCAGCGUCCUGCAGCCCUUGGCCAUUUUGGUAUUUAAUAUUUGAGAACCACUGCUACAGAAAUUGUCAUGGCGGAGCAGUUGUCACGGCGGAGCAGUUGUCAUGGCGGAGCAGUUAGGACCAAAGUCCCAGCGUCCCAGUGUUGUUAUUUCCCCAGUGCUGCCAUCCAGCCUGACACUCUUGAGCAGAUUGGAUCAGAAGCAACAACAAGCCCAGUGAUGUCACUGGAGCAGCCCCCUGCUUUCUGAGUGGGCUUUUCUUUCUUUAUAGCAUCUGAUGUCUGCAAAUUUUGUUACAGGAAAUGUAUUCUUUGUGCAUUCACUUUGUAGCCUCUGAGUCAGCAAUAUUUACAAGAUGAAAAUUAGUUUAAUCAAGGCUAGGUUUUAUUCUAAUCACCAUUACAGGGUGUGGGGAAAAUCAAUCUAAUUUUAGGUCUCAAAUUCCAAGACUUUUUCCACUGGCCUGCGAAAUGAUUUUUUUUAAUAAGAGAUUAUCGAGGCUAAAUAAUGAUUUAUUGAAGUGCAUUGCAGCCCUUGGGCUAUCCAAUUAUCCUCAUCCAACUCUUGGGGUUAUUUUAGACCCCGGCUCUAGAGCCCCAAGAUUUGUUUUCUACUCAAGUAGAUGCCAGGUUUGACCAUUAAAAUUAAAAGUCACCAUUAUUAAAAAAAAAACGAUGAUGAAAUUAUUAUGACCCUAUUGUAAUUAGUCUCUACUGCCUGCCAGUUGCUUGUAAAACUUUCAUUUGAUAAGAGAGUCAAGGUGGAUGACCUGAAAUAAUUUAUUGGAGCAAAUGCAUUGCACAUGAGUAUAACAUGUUAUUUGACUUACAUCCUUUAAAUAAUACGGCAUUAACAAAUCCACACAUUUUAAAAAUAAACAUUUAAUUUCAUUUUCCAGGUAAGACUUGUACAUUUCAAUUAAUAUUAAAUUUGGUUUGAAAUAAUGUAUUGAAUGGUAUUUUGUGUACAUAUAAUAUAUAAUCUAAUAAAUAUGUUGAAGUCGUUAAAAGAUUAGAUGAGUAAAAUAAGAUAUGUCCGUAACAAUAAGAUAUGUACACAACAAUAUGACAGGUCCACAACAAUAAGAUAUGUACACAACAAUAAGACAGGUCCACAACAAUAAGAUAUGUACACAACAAUAAGAUAUGUAGACAACAAGAAGACAGAUCCACAAUAAGAAGAUAUGUACACAACAAGAAGACAGGUCCACAGCAAUAAGAUAUGUACACAGCAAUAAGACAGGUCCACAACAAUACGACAGGUCCACAUCAUUAAGACAGGUCCACACCAAUAAGAUAUGUACAUAACAAUAAAACAGGUCCACAACAAUAAGACAGGUCCACAACUAUAUGUACAAAAAAUAAGACAGGUCCACAUGAAUAAGAUAAUGUCCACAACAAUAAGACAGGUCCACAUCAAUAAGAUAUGUACACAACAAUAAGAUAUGUACACAUCCAUAAGACAGGUCCACAUCAAUAAGACAGGUCCACAUCAAUAAUAUAUUUACACAACAAUAAGACAGGUAUACAACAAUAAGACAGGUCCACAACAAUAAGACAGGUACACAUCAAUAAGACAGGUCCACAACAAUAAGACAGGUACACAUCAAUAAGACAGGUACACAUCAAUAACAGGCUCACAUCAAUAAGACAGGUCCACAUCAAUAAGACAGGUACACAUCACUAAGAAAUGUACACAACAGUAAGAUAGGCCCACAACAACAUGUCACUGCCAUUGGCUGCUGUUAUAAUAGAUUUUCUUUCGGCUUAAUUUCUACUCUCUCUGGCUGGGAUAGAAGCCAUCACAUGUUCAGCUGAUAACUAAUCUUUCAAAACCUUUUGUUUGGGAGCAGUUGUCUUGCAUGCAUGUAAUGGCCAUGGAGGGCACAGUUGUCUUGCAUGCAUGUAAUGGCCAUGGAGGGCACAGUUGUCUUGCAUGCAUGUAAUGGCCAUGGAGGGCACAGUUGUCUUGCAUGCAUGUAAUGG